AUGUAUCCCGAGUGUGCAUGCAUCCCGUGUGCGUGCGUUCCCAAGUGUGCAUGUCCCCGAGUAUGCGUGUGUAUCCCGAGUGUGCAUGUAUCCCGAGUGUGCGUAUGUCCCCGAGUGUGCGUGUGUAUCCCGAGCGUGCGUGUAUCCCGUGUGCGUGUGUCCCCGAGUGUACGUGUAUCCCGAGUGUGCGUGUCCCCAAGUGUGUGCGUGUGUCCCCGAGUGUGCGUGUGUUCCCGAGUGUGCGUGUAUCCCGAGUGUGCGUGUGUCCCCGAGUGUGCGUGUGUUCCCGAGUGUGCGCGUAUCCUGAAUGUGCGUGUCCCCAAGUGUGUGCGUGUGUCCCCGAGUGUGCGUGUGUUCCCGAGUGUGCGUGUAUCCCGAGUGUGCGUGUGUCCCCGAGUGUGCGUGUGUUCCCGAGUGUGCGCGUAUCCUGAAUGUGCGUGUCCCCGAGUGUGUGCGUGUGUCCCCGAGUGUGCGUGUGUUCCCGAGUGUGCGUGUAUCCCGAGUGUGCGUGUGUCCCCGAGUGUGCGUGUGUUCCCGAGUGUGCGCGUAUCCUGA